AUGGAUAAAUACAUAAAACACACUGUUCAUUAUUAUACGGAUGGUGACAUUAUUCUCCAAGUUAAAAAUAUACAUUUUCUUGUACAUAAAACUUUUCUUUCACUUGCUUCUGAAUUCUUCAAGGGUUUAUUUGCUUGUGAGACACCUUCUUCAAAUAAAACUAUUAAAGUUAUAGGAGAUUCAUCAAAAGAAAGUUCAAUCCCCAUUUUCGAAAUGAUUGGUGAGAACCUAGAUUCAAUUGAAAACAUGCUUUCAUUUAUUUAUCCUAAUACCAUAUUAAAUGUUGAUUGGAAGAAUGUUGAAAAUUUAUUACGUUUAUCUGAUAAAUUCAUUAUCGGAAAACUCAUAAAUUCUUGUGGAGUAUUUCUUCAAGAACAUUUCACUGAGAAAGUUCUUACUUCUUUUAUACUUGCAGAUAAAUAUCUAUUACCAACAAGUUUUAAAGAAACUUCUAAGCUUAUUAUAGAUGAUAUUAUUAAAUACGAAUAUGAUGAAGACUUUAAACUAAUUUCAAAGAGAACACAAGAAAGAUUAGCACAUUCUCAUCAUAUUUAUUAUUUGGAGUUGAAUAAACUUAAUAAAAGUAAUAACAGUGAUUUGUUUAGUUCUAUGAAUUCUAGUGAUAUUGUUAGUGAAAUAUGUACUUUUCCUAUUCCCAAACCAUCAUUUACACGAGAAAAGAUUUUUGAAAUUCUCCGUAAUAAUAGGAAAUUUAGCAAUAAGGAAUAUGUUCAGAAUUUUAAACGAUAUCUUGGAAAAUUUGAGAAAUUAAUAAAUGCAUCAGCAAAUACAAAUGAUUACUACCCUUUUAUAGAAUUAGAGUAGAAAUUUAAGAUUUAUAAUGUUUUAUAACUCAAGUAUCAAGAACU